AUGAAAUUCGGAUCGAAGCUUAAGGAUGCCAUUUGCCCCGAAUGGCGGGAAUACUACAUUGACUACGAUGGGCUCAAGAAACGUCUUCGCAAAGCUGAAAAGGACCGACCCUUUACGGAGAAGGAUGAGACCGAGUUUGUGGAAGACUUGGAUAGCAACUUGGAAAAGAUUUAUGCGUUCCAUCAACAAAAAUUGGAGGAGAUUGAGAGUCGUAUCGAUUCAUGGGCUGAAGUACUUGGAUCACAACCACCUGCAAGUGAAAUGGGUCGUAUUCAAGAGAACAUCAAUCAGAUUGCAGAUGAUGUGAAUCGUUUGGCGCAUUAUUCACGUCUCAAUUAUACCGGGUUCCUCAAGAUCAUCAAGAAGCAUGACCGCCACACCAACUACAUCUUGCGUCCCAUGUUCAUGGUCCGAUUGAACCAAUGUCCUUUCUGGAAACAGGAUGAUGAUCCACUCCUUAUCAAGUUAUCCGAACUCUUUGCUCAGGCACGUCAUGGCGGUGGAAAGGAAACUUCGUACGUUCGACGUCCUUCCAAACCCAAUCUCGAGGAAGAUUUGAAUGUCGACAAUAGCACCAACACCACCACCAGCAGCAAAAAGAGACGUACCAUCAUCAAACGUUUCUUCGUGCAUACGGAUAACAUCAUGGAGCUCAAGACAGCUGUGCUUCGUCAUUUGCCUGUGUUGGUGUAUCGUGAUCAACGUGGUAGUCAAGAAGAUAUCGAUCCACCCAUUUCAUCCUUGUACCUUGAUACGAGUGGUCUUGACCUAUACAAUGCACGUGUUGAGACAGCCGAAGGAUCACAGAUUGUGCGUUUGAGAUGGUAUGGCAGUGCCAAUGACAAGAACACGUACAUCAACCUUGAGCGUCGUACAUGGAAUGAAGCCUAUGGCGAGCAAAAGGAGCAAUUGACGAUGAAGGAAAAGUACAUUGAUGGAUUCCUCAAGGGCGACAAGACGUUCAUUGAAAAGUCGAUCACCAAGAUGAAGAACAAUUUGGGCAAGUCCGAACAAGAUGUGGAGCAAUUUGAAGAGCUUGCAAAGGAUAUUCAGGAACACAUUAUGGAUCAACAUUUGCAACCAGUGCUCCGAACCUAUUAUCGACGUACAGCGUUCCAGAUCCCAGGCGAUAAUCGUGUACGCAUGGCACUUGAUACCGACUUGUGCUUUAUUCGUGAGGAUUCACAGCUAUUCCAAGAUGAUGCUACUGUACGACGACCCAGUGGCUGUUGGCGUCGACCUGAUGUUGAUACUGAAUUUCCAUUCCGUGGAUUGCAAGAGAAUGAGAUCAAUCGAUAUCCUUAUGCAACAUUUGAAAUCAAGCUUGACUUGCCACCAGGCACUCCAGAGCCCGAAUGGAUUAUUGAUUUGGAAGAAAGUGGCAUGUUGGAGGAGGCUGAGAAUUUCAACAAGUUCGUACAUGGUGUCGCCAUGUUGUUUGAUACGCGCGUGGCCUUACUACCUUACUGGUUGGCUCAAAUUGAGGAUGAGGAAUUGUUACAACAUGAGAUGGAAAAGCAAUCUGCACAAGAAUAUGAACAAGACAAAAAAGGCAAGGGUAAAGCAUCCAUUCGCAAUGAAUCGCCACCAUCAUCCUCGUCGGCAGCAGCAGCGGCAGCAGCAGGAUUACCACCACCACCACCUAAUGAACGUACAUCUUUGUUGGGAGGGCAUCGUGGUGGAUCUUAUAUGGGAACCAUGGAUACUUCAGCUAGUGCUCGACGUGAGCAACAGGAGGAGGAAGAGGAAUAUGAGGAUUGGACCAACAAGGUGGCUCGUUUAUGGCAAGACUUGUUUCAACGUGAUUCCAAAAAGAAACGAUAUCCACCUGUGGUCUUGCCUCCUGGUGUCAAGGUGCCCAAAAAGGUGGUCUCGCCUUUACGUGUUGAACCCAAGGUCUUUUUCGCCAAUGAACGUACUUACUUUGCAUGGAUGUCACUUGGCAGUUUGAUGGCUACGUUUUCGAUUGCUUUAUUCAAUGCAGGUGAUGCUGUCGGCAAAGUGAGUGGUAUUGUAUACACCCUUGUUUCCUUGACGACAUUGAUCUAUGGUAUGGGUGUGUAUUAUCGUCGUCGUGAGCUUAUUCGUGCCAAGGCACCUGGUCCUUAUGAUGAUACGACAGGCCCAACAUUGAUUUGCCUUGCCUUGCUCUUUGCCGUUGGUCUCAAUGCCUAUCUCAAAUUUACCAUGCGAUCACCCACUCUCUUGUACUUUUAA